AUGACGAAGCGGCAGGAGGAAUUGUCAGCAGCUCCACCUUCUUCCGUUUCAGUUCCGAGCAGCAGCAGCGGCAGCGGCAGCAGCAACGGCAGCAGCGGGAGCAUCGACAGCGGGGAGGCCCCCAUUUCGUUCAACUUUUCUCUCGAUGAGGAGUGGAUCGUCGCCAAGAAAGUGUCCGAAGGGGGAAAAUCUGCCUCAAGGAAGAGCAGUAUUGUCAGGAGGGUGAUAUUUUUGUCGAUGGUCUGCCCGGUCCUCUUCGGAUUUCGUAGUUUUAUGGCAUUUAAAGGCGCGACGCCCCCGCUACAUCCUCUGCACGCAUUACCGGGCGCUGUAACUCCACCUCAGGUCCGAGCAGGACAGAUUUACUUCGUGACGGAAUGGGUCCCUACGCUGUUGAUUCUGUUGACAUUUUGGCACCGCAAAGGAGCGACGGCCAGAGGGCAGCAGCAACAGCGACCCUCAGCGUCUCCAGCGGAUGCAGAAGAACUUGUGGCGGGUAGCUUUGACUCGACAAUCAUGGCGCCUCUGAUGCAGCAGAACGUCUACCCCUUUACUGCGGCUCCCCCUCACCCACAGGCACAAGGAGACAUGAGCCACGGGCCGGCCAUGCCCAGCGAGGUGUAUCCGCAGUUUAUGCACCCCCAGGUCCCGUACAGGGAUUCAUUCUCGAGCUAUGCCCCGACGGCGUCCUCUGGUGGCUUCAGCCACGCGCAGUACGCACAGCAAGGACAGCGGCAGUGA